GUAGAAAUACACAACACAACACCUGUAAUUGUUACAAGUAUUUAACUAAAAGUAAUGUGAAGUUAAAACUGAUGGUACAAAUUAAUAAACAAAUACAAGAAUGUGGCUUAGCUGUAGAUUCUGAUUAUGAUGUAGUGAAUCAACACUUUUUUUAUUUCAUUAUUUUACCAAUUGUGUUUUAUAGUUAAAAGGUUAAAUUGUUUUUUAAUUUGACACUUUACAAAGAUUGUUUUUUGAAUGAAGACUUUAUAUUUUGUACUUAUUUACCUCAUAUCUGUUGUUAACACAGAGCUGAUGCCCGAUUGUCCUAGACGAGACAACAUGCCAGCCAAAAUGAAAAACAAAAAGCAGCACCGCUCAGAACCGACCAAAAGAGACCGGAAGAAGAAAACUAAAGUUUCCAUGGACAAAACCCACAAGGACCUUAGAUCCAACCGUCCAGAGUUUGAGGCUUUCCUGGAUCAGAUGAUUCAGUGGUUUUCUGAUCAUCAGCAGCAGGUUGAUCAGCAUUUCCGUCUCAAGGAUGCAGACCGAAGUGGAUCAGUCAACCUGAAGGAUUUUGAGCUCGGUCUGAUGAGCUUGGGCCCUCCCUGUCAGCAGAUUCAGCUCCACAUGUUGAGCGAGCUGCUGAAAACCAACAACACAAUCAGUUACAAAGAUUUUGAGAAACAAUUACAGAGAUUAAGCAGCAAAGACGUCAACACUGUGAUGUCAGAGGACGUCUCCGGUUUGAACACCUUUGAUCCCGAUCAGCCGUUGAACCCUCACAAAGACAGGUUCGUCCAUCUGAGUGUCAGACUCAUCCCCUUCGACUUCUCAGCAGAACAUCCGGCCAACUUUCAGGUGGUUUUGUCGAGCAGCUGCAGAGUCCUCAGUCUGAUCCGGAUCAUCCAGGACCGGGUCGGUAUCCAGACCUCCAGGCUGGAUGUUUUCCUGAAUAGAGCGGCCACAGAGGAGGUCCGCCUGCCUCCGGAGAGCUACCUGGAGGAGUGUGGCUUCAGAGGAAGAGCAGAGGAGCGACCUCCAGAGGUCACGGUGUACUACGACUACAGACUGGAGUUCACAGACUGUCCGCUCCUCAACUGUGAUCACUACUUCAGGUCCAAACCAGACUCUGUGGCCAGGACGACCGGACGCUGUCUAUAAU